AUGGUGAAGGCCUGGAUUACUAAUUCACUCUCAAGGGACAUAGCUAUCAGUAUAAUGUGUCUUCCCACUGCCAAAGAUGUCUGGAAAGACAUAAAUGAAAGAUUUGGGCAAUCAAAUGGGUCUAGGUACAUUCAAAUACAAAGGGAAAUUAGUUCUACUAGCCAAGGAUCUUCUGAUAUAGCUGCUUAUUUCACAAAAAUGAGGAGUCUUUGGGAUGAAUUGAAUUGCUCCUAUGUUGGGCCUGAAUGCACUUGUGGUGCUUUGCCUAAGUUCAUCCAAGACCAGCAGCUAUUCCAAUUUCUUAGUGGGUUGAAUGAGAGUUUCUCCACCGUGAAAAGCAACACUCUCAUGAUGACACCUUUAUCUUCCCUCAGCAAGGUUUAUUCAUUGCUUCAAAAUGAUGAAAGCGGUAUGAGGCCCAACUGGAUUUCUGGAGAUUUCACCGCCUUCUCUGCUUCAUCCUCCUCACCUAGACCUCACACUAAUUUCAACCAGCAUCAUAACACCAAAUACAACCAAUAUUCUGCUUCAUCCUCCAACAGCAAACCUUAUUAA